UCAUAUCAACGUCGGCUGCGAGUGCGACUACCAACGCUACUUCAAAGCUUUCGAACUUCAACAAAUCGAUCAAAAAUCCCCCAAACUCACUUUGCUUUUCAGGAACACAAAACCUGUAACUCCGAUGGCGAUGGCGGCACUGAGAAGAGAAGGGAGGCGUUUCGUACCUCUUGUUUCUUCUCCAAGACCUAUCAAUGCGAUUCAAUCCACUCUUGCUCCCGCUGAGGAGCAGGUUGGCCUUGGGGUUCGCUCCAUUUCAACUCAAAUUGUUAGAAACCGUAUGAAGAGUGUUAAGAAUAUUCAGAAGAUUACAAAGGCCAUGAAGAUGGUUGCAGCUUCGAAGCUGAGAGCAAUCCAAGUUAGAGCCGAGAAUUCUCGUGGGUUAUGGCAACCAUUUACUGCUCUGCUUGGCGACACCCCAAGUGUGAGUGUGAAGAAGAAUGUCAUCGUCACUAUUUCUUCUGACAAGGGUCUUUGUGGUGGUAUUAAUUCUACGUCAGUGAAGAUAAGCAGGGCUCUUCACAAGAUCAAUUCUGGUCCUGAUGCAGAAUGUAAAUAUGUGGUUUUGGGAGAAAAGGCAAAGGCUCAACUGAUUCGUGACUCUAAGAAGCACAUUGAGUUGACCAUGACUGAAUUGCAAAAGAAUUUUCUGAACUACACCCAGGUAUCUGUAAUUGCAGAUGACAUCUUAAAGAAUGUGGAGUAUGAUGCAUUGAGGAUAGUAUUCAAUAAGUUUCAAUCAGUUGUCUCAUUUCUGCCUACAACCGCAACUGUGUUGUCCCCUGAGGUUGUGGAAAGAGAAUCCGAAGCUGGGGGAAAGAUUGGCAGUCUGGAUUCCUAUGAAAUUGAAGGCGGUGAAACCAAGUCCGAAGUUCUUCAGAAUCUUUCUGAAUUCCAGUUUUCAUGUGUAAUGUUCAACGGAGUUUUGGAGAAUGCAUGCAGUGAACAAGGAGCUCGGAUGUCUGCCAUGGACAGCUCCAGCAGAAAUGCCGGUGAUAUGCUUGAUCGUCUCACACUUACUUACAACAGGACUCGUCAAGCAUCGAUCACUACUGAACUCACUGAGAUUAUUUCCGGAGCGUCUGCAUUGGAAGGUUAAUUGUUUCGUGUUUGUGUUACUUUUUUUUUUUGCAAAAGCCAGAAGGUAACAAAAAUAAAACCAUACGUUUGUUGAAGUUCUCAAAUAAUCUGGGCUUUGAUAAACUUUUCUAUCAGGGGCAUAUUUGUCUUUUUGCAGUUAAGUUUAUUUGAGGUUUUCUCAUUGUUGUUAUGAAUGGAUAUGGGCUUUGAGCCAAAUCUUCUUUUGCAAUGUUCACAUGUAUGUUGUUGGUUAUUGAUAUGAAUUUGACAGUUAUACCCUUUAUUGCU